AUGGCUGCUGUGUUGAGGUUCUGCGCUGCUUCCCUGCUGCUGCUGCUGCUGUGUGUCGGCUGCCGGGCCGACAGUGAGGCGCAGCCAGACGGCGCCGCCGAGGAGCUGUCCGUCUCCGAGCUUCUGGAGAGAGCCAACAGGAACCUGGUCCGCUCCGUGGACGAGCCCGCCCUGGUGGAGGGAGACGUGGCCGUGGACGGCGAGGCCGGGAGGAACGCCGACCCCUGCACCGCCAGAGGCUGCAUGUGGGGCAAGUGGAGCGACGGGAAGGUCUACGUCCCGUACUACAUCACCAACCACUUCUCCUCUCGGGAGAAGGCCAUCAUCACUCGUGGGCUGGAGUCCUUCUCCUCCUUCUCCUGCAUUCGCUUCAGGCCGACCAAAAGCAGCGACCGCGACUGGCUGAGCAUCGAGUCCCAGAACGGCUGCUACUCCUACGUGGGUCGCCGCGGCGGGAAGCAGGUGGUGUCUCUGGCUCGCCGUGGAUGUCUUUACCACGGCACCGUGCAGCACGAGCUGCUGCACGCUCUGGGAUUCAACCACGAGCAGACCCGCAACGACAGGGACCGCCACAUCAAAGUCCUGCUGCAGAACGUCCAGUCCGGAAUGGAGCACAACUUCAGGAAGAUCGCCACCCUCAACCAGGGCACUUCCUACGACUACAACUCCGUCAUGCAGUACCACAAGUACGCCUUCUCCAAGAACAACCAGCCCACCAUGCUUCCUAUCCCCAACUCCAACGUCUCUUUUGGCAACGCCAAGGAAAUGAGCCGCGCCGACAUCGCCAGACUAAACACACUCUACAAGUGCUGGUCCUCCGGGUCCUCCGGGUCCUCCAGGGUCCUCCGGGGUCCUCUGGAGUCCUCCAGCGUCCUCCAGGGUCCUCCGGGUCCUCCGGGUCCUCCGGGUCCUCCGGGGUCCUCCGGGUCCUCCGGGGUCCUCCGGGUCCUCCGGGGUCCUCCGGGUCCUCCGGGUCCUCCGGGUCCUCCGGGUCCUCCGGGGUCCUGCCGGCGUGCACGCUCCCCGGCUCUGGUGGCUGUCGCGGGUCGCCGGGAUCUGCUGCAGCACAAGAGCAUGAAGGCUGAAGCCGGGUUUCGGUCCGGCGCCGAGCGGCCCCGCCGUCUCCGUCCUGGUGUCGCUGAGAAUGGUGCAGUUUUCAACGUGAUCCAGCACUUCAGGGUUUAUCUGAGCUUCAGCAGAGGGAAGUCGGUCCAGCUCCGACACCAGCCCAUCUGA